AUGAAAAUCGAUUCACUUCAAAUAUUAUUGAUAUCAACAUGCAGAUUUGGUUCAUUGCUGACGAUGUCUAUUCGUCUAAAUACACGUCAUUUAUCCACUAAAAAUAUUAAGUCAUCACGAUUAAUUCAUUUUCAAUAUGGUUCAAAAGAAGAUGUUGGUUUUAAACGUUUAUUUAAAUUUUUCCAUAAAGCAUUUCCAUUAGCUUUCAAUCGUGAAACAUUUCAACGUGCAUAUAAUGCAUCGGAUAUAUCGAAAACUGUAUAUCGUACAAAAUACUGUUGUAAAGUAAAAAUUUAUGGUGCUAUUUUAGCAACAUCUAUAUUUGAUUCAAAUCAAAAACGCAAAUUAAAAAUUUUAAUGCUCGUAGAAAAUAAUCAGAGUUUGCAUGCGAUUAACACUGGUAAAAAUCUUUUAUUACAAAUGAUUGAAACAUGUAAAGAAUUAGAAAAUAUCAUGCAAAUCUAUGCGUAUGUUGAAUCAACGAAUAUUGAUGGAAUUAAUUUUUAUAAGAUGAUGGGAUUUCAGCAAAGAGAACUUUUGCUGGAUUAUUUUCCACCACGUGCAUCAUUAGCAUCGAAUGCAAUUAAACUUGAAUAUACAAUAGGAAUAAGUAUUAGUAGUGGUUUACUCAGUAAUAUUGAAUCAAAUCGUAGUCCAAUUUCAAAUCAAGAUUCACCAUCAGAACUCAGUCCAAUAUCAAAUAGAAGCGAAUUAUCAACAGCUAAUACUAAAAUAUCUAAAACUCUUGAACCGAGCGAAUUGAAUGUUUCAAUAAUGAAAACAUAUUUCCACUAA